CCAAAAAAAAAAAAAAAAAAGUGCGAACACAGUCCCGCCUUCCUCUGAGAACAACCGAAACAGGAAACUUGUGCUUCACCAAUGCAUCACUUGACACUAGCGCAGGUUGUUCGCCUGAUCCACGUUUGCGCCGACGAAGCUUCAGCCGCGCGUCUCUGCCGCUGCGCCCGAACCCAGAGGAGCCGUGAGGAGAAACAUUCAGACCGAUGACCUCCUUUUACGACGAGAAAGACCUGGAGGAAGAGCUCAGUCGAGUCCACUACCCCGAUGACGACCUGGAGUUUGACUACUUGUUUGAAUAUGAGCCACCUUGCAGCGACUUUGCUGGAGGAGAUCAAGAUGACCCCAACCUUGCAUCCCACAAACUCCUCGGCCCAGUGUCGGAGCAGGCUUUCCCCCUGGAGGAGGCCUCCCCGUACGGCAUCAAGUCCUGCAGCCCCCCCUACAGUGGGCACAACACUGAGGUGCUCUCAGGAUAUGACAACCAGGAGGCCAGAAACUACCUGGACAGCACCCGGCCUGCAGGCCUGGCUCUGAGCCCGCGGAUUGAAAUCACACCCUCCCGUGAGCACUACAACCAUGGUCGGGACUCCCUGCAGAACCACCACCUGAACAUUAGCCCCAGACCCACCCUCACUGUCCCCGGCCAUGAGAGCCUCGCCUACCGUGAGCCCCAGUGCCUGAGUCCCGCCAGCAGCAACUCCUCCGCCAGCUGGCACUCGGAGAACUACUCCCCCUGGACGUCCCCCUGUGUGUCCCCCGGCAGCGGCCAGAACCCCGGUGACCUCUGCCCCCGAUUGCAGAACAUCCACACUGGCUCCCCACGCACCUCCCCGGGCACCUCUCCUCGCACCAGCCUAGCCGAGGACGGCCUGGGCCAGCGCUCGCCCUCCCCCAGACCUGGCUCCCGCUCCACGUCCCCACAGGGCAAACGCACCUACGACAUGUACAGGAAUCCAGGCUUGGUCUCUGGACAUCGCUCCCGCAGUCCCUCCCCCCACAGCGUCCAUGAAGACCACAUCGGUGCCCACUAUACACACAGCAGCCUCGCCGAUGCCAUGAACGGCUUUGGCGCCGGUCAGCCAGGCCUGGUGCCCACUAAGAUAGUCAAGACGUCCAACCAGGUUUACACUCUGUGCCCAGAGAACCACGUUGAAGGGAACUACUUGGUUUCCUGCGACCAGGACAUAAAAACCAAACCUGCCGCAGAGCCUUUCUUUGUCAUCCCCCCAAUCUGGUCCAAGCCGCUGGUUUCCAGCAUCUGCAGCAUCCCCGUGGCCUCCCUCCCUCCGCUGGAAUGGCCGAUGCCCAGACGCACUGACCAGUACGAGCUCCACAUCGACGUGCAGCCCAAGCCGCACCACAGAGCUCACUAUGAGACGGAGGGGAGCAGGGGGGCGGUGAAAGCCCCGACAGGAGGACAUCCAGUUGUGCAGUUACAUGGUUACAGAGGAAAGGAGCCUCUCGGCCUGCAGAUCUUCAUCGGCACAGCGGACGAGCGCAUCCUCAAGCCUCACGCCUUUUACCAAGUUCACCGCAUCACCGGCAAGACUGUGACGACCACCAGCUUUGAGAAGAUUAUCAACGGCACCAAAGUCCUCGAGAUCCCCCUGGAGCCAAAGAACAACAUGAAAGCAAUAAUCGACUGUGCCGGGAUCCUGAAGCUCAGGAACGCCGACAUCGAGCUGAGGAAGGGCGAGACGGACGUGGGCCGGAAAAACACCCGGGUUCGUCUUGUGUUUCGUGUGCACAUACCUCAGCCCGGAGGACAGCACGUCUCGCUGCAAGUGGCCUCGCAUCCCAUUGAGUGCUGUAAGAAAACCACUCAUAAAAAUCUAAAUCUCUCUCCACAGUGGCGUCUUUAUGAAAAGUGCUGA